UAUAAAAAUAUAAAUAUACCUACAUGACAAGACGCCCUCCUCACUCAAUUGCUCCUGUAUCUGGCUACUCGCCCUACUAACUUUCUUCUUUAAUAAUUUUCAAUUUCCUAGGCACAUAACUCAUCGCCCAACCCACUUUCCAAGCAACCCAUUAUUAUAUUCUGCAAGAGGUCUUCUUUCUUUCUUUCUUUCUUCUUCUUCGACCAGAUCAAGAGAAGAUCAUCAAUGGCCGCAUGGUUCUCUUCCUCCCCACCUCGCAUCAUAAUUCAAACAUCCAGUGCAAUUAAGAAGCCUGACAUUAAUGGUCGAGCUGUGAUGCUAAAACAGAGCAGUCCUUUUCCUGUCAUGAAGACCACUCUUAAGCUUCAGAUCAGGUCGUCCUACUCUUCCUCCUCAAACAAGGUUUUUGAAGAUGGGUCGAGGGGCAUAGUCUGCUACAGAGAUGACAGUGGGGAGAUCGUGUGCGAAGGAUACGACGAGGGUCCUCGCUUUCACCUCCAGGUUCCAUCAUCUUCAUCUUCGUCCUCAUCUUAUCAUCAUCCCAGGUGUGUGGAGAUGGUUGAUCUUCUUCAAAAGAGCUGGCUUCAAAUUGGCGGGGGUGGUGAGUUUAAUGGGCACUCCCACAAGAAAGAUGUUGCUGCACAAGAUGACUUCAACUGGAAUGGCUUUAGCACAUUCUGCUAAUCAGUGACAAUAGUCCUUUUUAUGUGUAUUCCACCUAAUGUGUAUAAACACCCCAAAGCUACUUUCAACCAGAAAGUGCCCAUCAAGUGCUGUCCUUUGUGUGCCAUAGGGCAAUCUCUUUUCUCCUUCAAUGCAUUAAUAUUGUACUAUUCCACAAAUCAAUCAUUGUAAUUUGUAUCUUCUUUCUUAAAAAUCACAGGGGUAAAUGUAAGCUGUUUAUGAAAUAAUAGUCCCAACGCAUAUGGUGCGCA